AUGGAUCAAUGGCAGGGCUACUCCGACGCCGUUGGCGGUUCGAGACGGUACAACGGCGGCAAUCAAAUGACUCCAGGCGGUAGAGACUACGGCCAGCAACCUACCCAGGUCCAGCCUCCCGUCGCCUUCAAGUAUGAUCAAUAUCAAGGCGGCAUGAGUUCGCAUCCCUCCCAGCCGCCCGCCGCGACCUCGCCCAUCACAACCCCGCAGCUGCGCGAUGGGAAUGGCGACGUCCCCAUGCAAGACGUCCACGACCCUUACGGAGGCAUCAAAUACCCCAUGCGCCCACAUCACCAGUCGCACCUCGCUAGCGGCCGGCCCGCGAACCUUCAUUCCCCGUCUGAGCCCUCCGCCGCUGCCCAGCGGUAUUCGCCCAUGGAGGUCCUCUCGCCAACGUCGCCGUACGCACCCAAAGCAGCACCGAGCCAGGCUGCGCAGUUCUCGGCACCUCACGCCCAGCGACAGUCGCCAACCCGACCUGACUAUCCACCGCAGAGUUCCUCAUACUAUACCCGGCCGAGCAAUUCUCAACUUCCCCCCCUAACGCCCUACGCAAGUUCUCAGGAGGGUUAUCCCACGUCUGCUAUCACUCCCGUGGACGGUGCCUAUCCCAGUGACCCGAAAUCGCCGCGGAGGCCGCUCCAGCCCGCCUUGAACAUCUCAACCGAGAAACGACCCGUACCCCAAUUCAAGAAUGUUGGGGCCGUGGCAGAUCUACGGCCAAAAGUCAACUCUCAGCCGCCAUUCCGGCGCGCGAAUCCGGAAGGGGGUUUCAUAAGCCCUCUCCAAGCCCUCACGGUCCAUCUACCCGCGACGUAUCGCAUAUGCAACCCCAACUUCAAAUACGAGUCCUCGCGGAAUCCUCGUCGGGUGCUGACGAAACCGAGCAAGGGGACGAAGAACGAUGGCUACGAUAACGAGGAUAGCGAUUACAUUCUAUACGUCAACGACAUUCUAGGUUCGGAGGAAGGAGGGCACAAGAAUCGAUAUCUGAUCUUGGAUGUACUUGGACAGGGAACCUUUGGACAGGUUGUCAAGUGCCAGAAUCUAAAAACCCAAGAGGUUGUCGCUGUCAAGGUCAUCAAAAACCGCACAGCGUACUUCAACCAGAGCAUGAUGGAGGUGUCCGUUCUGGAUUUGUUGAAUACGAAGCUUGACAAGAACGACGAUCACCACCUCCUUCGUCUCAAGGAUACGUUUAUCCACAGACAGCAUCUAUGCUUGGUGUUCGAGCUCUUGAGUGUGAAUCUCUACGAACUCAUAAAGCAGAACCAAUUCCGAGGUCUCAGCACGACGCUCGUCCGAGUGUUUGCGCAGCAGCUCCUGAACGGUCUCGCCCUUCUUAACAAGGCCCGGCUUAUACACUGCGACCUGAAGCCCGAGAAUAUUCUACUGAAAAAUCUCGAGAGCCCCAUCAUCAAGAUUAUCGACUUCGGUUCGGCCUGCGAUGAGCGGCAGACAGUAUACACAUACAUCCAGUCUCGCUUCUACCGGUCUCCCGAAGUAUUAUUGGGCCUCCCGUAUUCCUCUGCGAUUGAUAUGUGGUCGCUCGGCUGUAUCGUCGUCGAGCUCUUCCUCGGCUUGCCGCUUUUCCCAGGAUCCUCCGAGUAUAAUCAAGUCUCGAGGAUCGUCGAGAUGCUCGGGAAUCCCCCGAACUGGAUGAUCGAGGUUGGCAAGCAGGCUGGCGAUUUCUUCGAGAAGAGACAAGAUGAGUUCGGUCGGAAAACCUACCACCUCAAAAGCAUGGAGCAAUAUUCGAGAGAGCGCGGAACGAAGGAACAGCCCAGUAAGAAGUACUUCCAAGCGAGUACGUUACCAGAGAUCAUAAAGUCGUACUCGAUGCCACGGAAGAAUAUGAAGCCAAGCGAAAUCGAUCGCGAAAUGAACAACAGGAUCGCCUUCAUCGACUUCGUACGCGGCCUAUUGACGAUCAGUCCCCUCGAGCGGUGGUCGCCGCAACAGGCCAAGCUGCAUCCAUUCAUCACCCAGCAGAAGUUUACAGGCCCAUUCGUGCCGCCGAUGAAUUUGAAAUCAAGCUCUCUAAAUCGCUCUCCCGCCCCAGGCACCCAGCAACAGGUGCAGGCCGCCGAGCUCAGCAAGCAAAGAGCGCAGGCCGCUCAAGCGCAAGCGCAAGCGGCCGCUCACGGGGCUUACGCGAUGCAGAACAACACAUAUGCUCCUGCUCCACACGGGCAGCCUGCCAUCUAUCAGAACAAUGGCCUGUACAAUCCCGGGAGCAGCCACGGCGGCGCGCCGCCGCCGCCGUACGCUGCCCAACCUGCGCCGUAUGCCCAAACGGUCCUGAGCCAGCCACCUACGCAGAUGCCACCUGCCAACUACGGCCCCAUGCAGCAACCAAACUUGUACCAGCAAGCUACGGUUCGGGCUGGGCGCCAACGCGCUUCGACGAUGGACCAACAGCAGAGCGGCAUCCCCGCAGCAAUACAGCGAGUCGCCAGUCACCUCGACCCCAACCAACCCAUCAGAUUACAACCCAGUCCGGCAUAUUAUCCACCGCCAGCGGACGGCAUGGGUCUCACAGAUCCCGGCGCCGGUCGGGUAGCCGGAAGGAGGGACAGUAGGUCGCAGAGGGGAGGCGCCCGGGGGAACCGCGACUUCAUCCGCAAUUUGGAAGAAAGGACGCUCGAAGAAGGGUUUAUGGGGGGUAGCGGGGGCCAGAGUUCGUGGCAUUGA